UAUUGACUUCUUCAAAAUCAGGCCUUUUUUAGAAUGCCGUCUGAAUUUAAAAUGGCCACCAUUUUUCAUACAAAAAUGUCAAAAGGAAUGACUACUGCAUGGUUAUUUCCAUGUGAAAUGUUCAGAAUAAGGAGUGUAGAUGUUUUGUUCUGUAGAAUUUGCUCUUCCAUGGAGUUGCUAUUUUCUACUUCAUAUUUGAGUUCGUUUUGUGUCAUAUCAUAUCAUAUUUGGAUAAUAUUCCAUAAUUAGCAUGAUAUUCAUAGGAUAACAUGUGAAAAUAAAAACGGUAUUUUUGUAAUCAGUGGUAAAAUAUGAUAUUUUUGACAAAUUUUCACUUAACCAUAGCAUACGGUUUUUUAGCCGUGCAGAUAUCAUAUCCAUUCGUGGAUAAAAAUCAUAUCACUCAUAAAUCAUAGGAUAUCCUCUAUAUAUUGCUAGGUAUUACGAUUGGCAUAUUGUAAUUCCAGUUUUUAUUCUUGUACAUCUGCUUCCAACGUAUGUAAGCAAUACUAAAGAUCAGUAUUUGGUUAUCCAAGUUUCAAUUUUUGCACACCUGCUUCCUGGGUUUAUGAGUUUUUCUCAGUUGUGAGAAUAAUAAAAUAAUUUAAAAUAUGUUGUUAAUGCUGGUACUCAUCUUCUUUUUUCAUCAUAGUCCUUGUAGAAAAAUCUUAUAUCAUAUUUAUGAAGUAUAUUAUGAUUGGUUGACAUAUGUGAACCCAAAUGCCUUUGGCCAACCAGCAAUCUGAACAGUUUGCUCAGUAUUAGUAACUCCCUACAGCACAUGAGGAAAAGACAAGAACAGCUUUCUAGAACCCAACAGGAGAAGCAAGUUCAAUAAUGAAUUCAUCAAAAAGUCAACAAUUUCGGAAACAUUUUUCUUUGGGUGCAGGGAUACUUGGAUGGUUCUUGGGAGGAUUUGUGUUUGGAUUUAAUGUAUAUGCAACCUCCCUGAAAGAAACAUUCAACUAUACUCAAACUGAACUGGAGUUCAUUGCAUCAAGUGGUGAUUGGGGAGAAUGUUUGGAGUUUCCAGCAGGGAUUAUUUUUGACCAUUUUGGUCCAAGGGUGACAAGUACCAUCUCUCUUAUUGUUACAACAAUGGGGUUUUUACUAAUGUGGAUGGCUACUGUGUUUAGGAUAUUUUUCAGCUCAAAAAAUUGGAUCGUGUGUGUUUUUUAUUUUCUGACAGGAUUUGGACCCACAUUUUUAGUCAUACCAUCGAUGGUUGUGAAUUGCAAAAACUUUGACAAAAAACAUUUGGGUAAAGUACUUGGCCUCUUAAAUGCCACAUUUGGGCUUAGUCCUGCAGUUAUAACUGUUCUUUAUGAAGGAUUAUUUGUACAAGGACACUUUGAAGAUGCAGAGAAUCAAAAGCUAGGAGAGUUUAUGAUGAUGCUUGCUGUAUUAUCAGCAUGUAUAAGUAUAUUUGGAGUUGUGAUGCUUAAAACAGUUCCAGAAGAAUCAUAUGAUGAGAUUGAACAAUCAGGAGAGGCUGAUAGGAAAAAUGAUAAAUGUGACAAUAACCCCAUGGAAAUACAUAAAAACAUAAAUGAUAGAACAGCCCUUGUUCCAGAGAAAACAACAAAGCAGAUACCACAAGAUAUGAACUGCUGGCAAAUUAUAAAAACACCUCAGUUUUAUUAUGUCUUUUUGAUUUGUUUGAUCAUUGGGGGUAUUUGUAUAUCAAUUGUGAAUAAUCUCACAAUUACAGUAGAAUGUGCACAGCUUGAUGUAAAUCCAAUAAGAUUCACUUUGAUUAUACCGAUUUUUGCAUCAAUUGGGCGAAUAUUCGGUGGAGUGAUAUCAGAUUACAUAUUUCAGAAAUGGCCACUCAUUCCUAAGUCAUCAAUUCUGUUAUUUUGUUGCAUACUUACAUGUAUCAGUCAAAUAGUGUUCAUAUUUUUUAAUGGAAGUUUGAUUGGUUUGAUAUGUGCUUCUGUAAUGGUAGCCCUGGCAUAUGGUGCUUUGUUUGUACAUCUUCUUAUCAUUACCAUUAACCUGUUUGGUUUAAAAUACUGUGGACAAAACUGUGGUCUUAUUUUUUUAAGUAAUGGAAUUGGAUUAGUAAUAUUUCAAAAGCUUUUUGCUUUGAAUUAUGAAACGAUUAGUCCACCUGGAUCAAAUAGCUGUUUUGGUAACUUGUGCACACAGUGGUUUUUUGUUCUGACGUCAAGUUUAAGUCCUUGUGCAGUUCUUCUAAAUUUUUGUUUGAUGAAAAAUGAAAGAGAUCAGCAACUCCAAUAUGAAGAAUCACAGACCCCCAGCAAUCAGGAAUGAAACUAGUAGUUAACUACAUGAACUACAGAAUGUAUAUAAAUGUACAGCAAAUAUUUCAAUACUAUUGAGGUGAAUACCUGUUCAUCUUUCAAUAACGCAGAUGCGAGUAGGUAGUUACCAGUUUCGCCACCAGGUGGCUCGUUCGGGUCAGAUAACAUGGCGGGUAUAGUAGAAAGUUCCCUUUAACUUAAAUUACAUCGGUUUUAGUGGUUCAAUUUUUAUAUAACCCUUAUGUAUCUAAUAGUUAUGCAAAUUAAAAUAUGUCCAGUAAAAGGAAAUGUUAUCUGUCUAAUACAAGAAAAGAUAUUUCACUUUUUGUGAUUUUGUAACAUGGGGUCUAUGAGGAAUCAACCCGAGCUAGAAGUCACAUUUUCAAAAAAAUUAAAUUUUCAAAGUUGAUAAACAAUUUUCGAAACCAUUUUUUCUAGAUGUACUUUUACAUGUAGAUUUCAAAUAUGACAUCACUUUGACUGAAUUUUGAAUAUUUAAUGACGUAAAUCAAGAUUAUUUCUACUCGCAUCUAGUCUAUUGAUUCUAGUAAGGUAUAUUACACAUACAUACAUACAUAAACAUAGGGAAUACACUUUAUAGAAUCAUUGAAAGUGCAACAGGUAUUCACAUUUAUUCAACAAAAAUAGAAUUGAGUAUUUGAUCUAUAAAUGUCAUUUGAAUGUUCUCACUUUACUUAAAAAGUAUACAAAAUAGGUGUAUUUCUUUAAAACAUUUAAUAGAUACAUGUACUUGUAUCUGAUAUUUUUUCAACAAUAUGUUUGUUUCAUUGCAAUAUUUCUCAUGUCAUAGUACAUAAUCAUGCGGCAAAUCAUACCCACUGUUUAACUUGUAUCUGAUAUGAAUAAAAAGUGUACAGUUCCCAUCUUUCUCUGCUGUAUUAAGAUUUGAGUUACAUUUAUGUUGUUUAUUGUAGAAAAGCUAUAAUAUCUUGAAUGCAUUCAUCUUCUCAUAUAAAGUGUUAUGAGUCAACAGAUGAUUCUUUGUUUGAGAAUCUCGAGCUGUAUAAGGUGGCCAUUUUGGAUUUUCCAUCCUAAAAUCUUGUCUCUUCAACUGAUUAUAGUGUUGGGCAUUCAGAAUGAAAAAUCAAUUUAGGAAAACCC